ACGUGCGUAGGCUAAAUUAAGAAAAGAUUUUGCGCCUUGUAGUGUCAAUGGGCCGGGCUGGUCAAAACCCACAAAACGUCCAUUGGACGGCCCAUAUCAUCCCACCAAAUGAGUCCAAUGGGCCCACCCCAAAGAAAUAGCCAGUAAAACACCAUACCUAGAUCUUCCCCAACCCACUUGGGGCCAUAAAAAUUUCCAUGGCUCACAAAUUUGCACCCAAGAUAUCAUCCUCUUCAAAAUCAAAACAAAACCCACCAAGCAAAUCCAUCACAGAUCCUUAGAAUCACUAAACCCUCUACAGAUUUCUUCAUUGGAAGUAGGGAAGUUGGGAGUGAAGAGACUUAGUUUGUGGUCAUUAAUGGCUACUUCAGUUUCUUUGAGUUUCUUUGAGUACAGCAUUCAAGGGGAGUUGGGGUAGUUCAAUGGUUUUUGAGGAUUAUGGUGUGCUGGCUAAAUCAGUACCAAGGAGUAGAGUUAGAGUUGGGAAGCCAACAAGAUCACAGCCUAUGAUGAAGAAUGUGAAUGAAGGGAAAGGUUUGUUUGCUCCAAUUGUUGUUGUCACUCGUGAUAUUGUUGGUAAGAAGAGGUUCAACCAGCUCAGAGGCAAAGCAAUUGCUGUCCACUCACAGGUGAUCACUGAAUUCUGCAAAUCAAUAGGAGCAGAUGCAAAACAAAAGCAAGGACUCAUCAGGUUGGCCAAGAAAAAUGGAGAGAGACUUGGCUUCCUCGCUUGACGAAAAUCGCAUACUCUUCCUCAUUUGAAGGCAAUCGUCCAUUCAACAUUUUCAGUUGCAGAAGAAUUUUACUCAUUCAACCUUAAGCAUCUUU